AUGACUGAAGUUGCAGCCCCACCCUUGGCGUCUGAGGUGGAACUUCAGGGGAACCCCAGUGCUAUCUCGACUAAUGUGGAAAAUUCUACUUCUGAGGCUACUCGAACUAAUUCGCAGAGGAUGUGGGGAAUUGACGAUUUCGAUAUUGGACGGCCGCUUGGCAAAGGAAAAUUCGGUUCCGUUUUCCUCGCUCGUUAUAAGCCAGAACGUGUCGUAGUCGCAUUGAAGGUUCUGUUCAAAGAUCAAAUCAAGAAGCACAAGGUCCAGCAUCAAGUCAAGCGCGAAAUCGAAAUACAAUAUCAUUUGCGGCAUCCCAACAUUCUUCGAUUGAAAGGCUACUUCCAUGAUGAACGCCGCGUGUACAUUAUUCUGGAAUGUGCCGAUGGUGGGGAAUUAUAUUCUCGCUUGAAGAAGAAGGGUAGACUCGAGGAACCAGAAGCAGCCCGAUAUGUUCGUCAACUUGCGGACGCACUCAGCUAUUGUCAUGCAAAACGAGUUAUUCAUCGUGACAUAAAACCAGAAAACAUUCUUCUAGACGGUAAAGGAAAUGUAAAGGUAAGU